UUGAUAAAAACAUUGAUCGUUUGCCGAUUGAUAGCGAUUGCAUUGCGAUAUAGCCAUAAAUUCAUUACUAAGUUAUAAAUUAAACUCUAGUUACAGCUAAUGUUAACCUACAUUCCUUGACUUAGUCUUUAUAAAUUAGUAAUAAUCUGUGAAAUCCUCCAUCAUGGGUCUGCUAUCAGACCCGGAGUACGGUUCAGUGAAAUGGGUAAAAGUGCUCAAAAGAAUCCACAGGCCUCUUUGUUUCCUGUGCUAUUUUGCAGCUAUAGCAUGGUUCUUCAUGCUAGGUAAUAAGGAAUUCAACAAUGAGACGUAUUUUUCCGAAAAUGCGCUGCUACCUGGUUUGGUGACGAACGAGUUUAAUGCUGAGCAAGACGCGAAGCAAUAUUACAAUGAGCUCAAUCAGGAAUUGGCGGACAAGUACUCUGACACAGAUGAAAUACCGGUUCCAUGGCUGGUGGCCAAGAUGUCCCAACUGCAUCUGGAGGUCCACACGCAUAACUUCACCCUGGAGUUUCCUUUGGGAGGGAAACAGAUUUUCAAAGGCGUGAAUGUCUAUGGCAUACUCAGAGCACCUAGAACUUCAUCCCAUGAGGCUAUAGUUGUGACAGCACCUCACACAUCCAUAUCUUCACACCAUAAAGGAACGACUGCUGGCAUUGCUCUGAUGCUGGCAUUUGCAAAGUUUGCUAGACCUCAAAAAUACUGGGCCAAAGACAUAAUAUUCCUUGUAACGGAACACGAACAACUUGGAAUGCAAGCGUGGCUAGAAGCAUACCACGGCCUGAACAACAACGCUGAGACGUUUUACACCAGUCUUGGUAGCUUCUGGCGUCCUAGUGUUGCAACUUGGGCCUAUGAAAAACUGGGUAAUAUACUCCACUGGACGAACAAUAAAAAGUGUUUGGAUCCGGGAAAGUUAAAAGCUAGGUCGGGUUCCAUACAGGCUGCUAUCAAUUUGGAGUUCCAUACGCCUAAUAUAAAGUACAUAGAGGUCAAAGUGGAAGGACUUAACGGACAGCUGCCAAACCUUGAUCUAGUCAACUUAGUGCACAAACUGUGUGUGAAGUCUGGAAUACACCACUCUUAUAAGCAUAGUUAUUCAUGGAUCCGGAAUCGCGACAAAAUGGCCGAUUGGAAGAACAGCAUAAAAACCAUGCUGUCGAUGGUUUUCACGCAGAUUAUUGGGGUACCAACCGGCAACCAUGGUCUCUUCCAUCGUUUCGGAAUCGAAGCCGUGACCUUAGAAGGUCGUGAUGCCGGCGACCCAGCCGGUGUGCCACCCAAAGUGAACGUUCUCACUUCUGCCAACUUCUACCGACUGGCAGUGCCGCUAGAGAGUGUGUUGCGAUCGCUGAACAAUCUUCUAGAGCGAUUCCACCAGAGUUACUUCUUUUACUUGCUAGCAGCCACCAACAGGUUUAUUUCUAUAGGUCAAUACAUGCCCUGUCUCUGUCUACUCUGCGUGGCGAUGUUAGUGCGCGCUCUUUCCCUGUGGGUGACGAUCCAACAAGAUGGCGGCGACGGCACACAGAGCGAGACGCAAUCCGAGACGGAAGAUAGCGAGUGGAGCACUGAAGGGAGCAGCGAUAGCGAUGUGCCGGUGGGGCAGAAUCAGGAACUGAGGUUGAGGAAGAAGAACAACAAAUUGGAUAAAAAGAAAAAAGAUAUGAACCUCCUCCACGAAUCGCCAAAGAAAGAGAAACCAUCUCCGAAGAAGAAGCGUUCCAAGCUGAGCAUAGUCAAAGUGGGGAAGAAUUUCCUUAUUCUCCAUCUGCUGGGAUAUGCUGUGAUGCAGUCGCCUCCGUUGUUCACUUUCAUUGGCCGCAGAUUCUUCGACCAGUUCUCCGAGCGUUCGCUCUACUACGGAUUGUUCGCGGCCGCCAUGUUUUUGUCCGGCUACACCCUGACCAUUCCCUUCGCCAUGACGCGCGAGGAAAUGGUUCUGACCAAUAUCCUGGCUUUGGUGGAGUUGGCCACGGUGUGUUUGGCUGUGGGCAUGCAUAACUUUUCGCUGGGACUGGCCAUCGCUGUUAUGUAUACGCCGCUAGCGCUGUGGGCUAAGGCGUCGAAGAUUGGAGAGACUAAGAUGUUCACCAUAUCCUACGUCCUCAAGAUAGUGAUGACCAUAUUCCUACACCCGUACUGGUUCGUGACCAUCAACAUGAUAUCCUACAGCCACAUACUGUUCCCGGAGGAAGGCAUAUUCGACAUGGUCAGCCGGGGCACGGACGCUGCCUCGCAAGCUAUUAUGUUCGCUGUUACCGACUCUUUGAUCUACGGUAACUGGCUGUUCAACGUGGUAACAACAACUAUUCUGCCCACUUGGUUCAUGUUCUGGCAACUGACGGUGUACAACGUGGUGCAAUUCAGCGACUAAAUCAUUCCAAAGACUGUAUCUGUUUAAUUUAUUUAAUAAAUUAAUGGGUUUUGUAA